AUGGACUUGGAAAUGGUGAACGGCCCCACCAGUGGGGGCAGCCAGAACCCCCCAAUCUGGCGCGGAGGCCUCCCGCCUUCUUCCUCCUUUCCCCCGGGACCUCGCCGGGCUGGGGCUGCCCCCCGGCCUCCUCCCUCAAGUCCCGGAAGGGCCCCUCGGGGCCAGCCUUCCCUCGGGGGUCUCCCCCCGCUACUGUCCGCCCGGAAGUGGCUCUGUACCGAGCCGUCCGGCGGGAGCUCCCCCACCAUUAGACAGGCGCGGUCUGCCCUUCGCGGUCUUUCCGGCGCUAAGCGCAGCGCCUGGCGCACGGCGGCGCCUAAUCAGUGCUUGCUGGGCGUGAUUCUGGAGGUGCCUGCGGAAGAAGGACGAGGGAUGGCGGCCCCCGGCCCGGGGAGAGGCGUGGGAAGAGACCGCGGGCAGGUUGUCAUGGCGACGGACGCCCGAACCCGCCGGCGGGAGGGGGGAAGAAGGGAGAGGGGAAGGGAGCCCGGCCGAGAGCUCGGGCCCGUGAUUGGCGAGAGUGCGCGCUGCGUCCCGCCCCUCCCCAGCCGAGGCCGAGGAGGGGAGCCGCGGGAAGCUAAGGCAAAGGGGCGGAGCCUCAGGGGCCUUCUGCGAUUGGGCGGCCUUGCGCUCCGCGGCCUUCUGGGAAUCGUAGUCGCGCGACCCCGCUUGUGCCGGCCGAGGCUCAGGAUGCGCGCGCAGCCCCGCCCCCGCGCCUGGCUGGCCUCGAGCGCUCCGAGCCGGCCGGCCGUUCAGCCCGGUCCUUCCUCAUGGAACAGAACCCCAGCCCCGCCCCCCCCAGGUCGUGCCUGGCCCCUGCUGGGGGGAUCCAACACCCGCUGCCCCGCCCCUCACACGGCUGAGGAGGAGGCGGCUGGCACCCCUCGGUGCCCGCCCAGCGCAUCCCAGCCCCCACCCUCUGAUCCGACACCCCCUGCCCCACCCCUCACACGGCUGAGGAGGAGGCGGCUGGCACCCCUCGGUGCCCGCCCAGCUCCCCAGCCCCCUACCCUCUGA